AUGUCUCUGUCUGGGGACACAACGGAAGUACAGGACGAGAACCUGUUAGCGGCUGCUGUCAUACUCCGGUUUUACGAAGAACUCGAUGUGCCACUUGUGGGCAUCGAUGACGAGACGUAUCUGCGUGGCACGCAAGUGUUCCUCGAAGCCCAGGCCGGAACCGCAGUUCGAGGUCGUGGGCUUCAAAACGCGGCUUAUUGGGUGGGGAUCCGGCAAGAGUUUCACACUGCAUUCAUCAAACAGCGAGCAUUCCGGUUCAAUUUGAGCUGCUGCAACUAUACGACUUAUAAAACCCUUGAACCCGCGGAUGACUUCACAUGGGCUAAUAGGGUCAUUCUGCAUUGUGCUGAGGCCCUAACAUAUUGCUACAGGGGGGAUGAUCACAAUGCGGAACAGUAUGAUCGGCUUUGGGAUUACAACCAAAAAUGGUACGCAUCGAAACCGCCGACAUUUGAGCCCAUUUACUACCAGCCUCCCGAUCACUCAAAGGAUGAAGUGCUUCCGCAAAUUUGGUACAUCGGUAACAGCCAAGUUACCGCGAUUCAGCAUUGGCAUCUGGCACGAAUCCUCCUUGCAGCUUUUGAUCCAAAGACACCUCGAAUGGGACUUAUUCAGAAAAGAGCGGCUGCCAACAGAGAGGCUGAGAUAAAAAGCAAUGUCUUCCGACUUUGUGGCAUCGCACUGUCGAAUAAGACGGCACCGGGCCUUAUCACGGCAUGUAUGGGUGUGUCAAUGUGUGGAGAUCGGAUUACCGAUGGGUUAGAGCAAGAGGCUAUGCUGGAUAUUCUGAUCAAGACGGAGGAGACUCAUGCUCUGCCCACUGGGAAGGCUCAAAGAGAACUUAAGGAAGCUUGGGACUGGGGUCCAUGA